CGCGUCCCCCUGCGCCGCCCCGGGCCGGCCGGCCGGAGGAGACGCCAUGCGCCCCGGGCCGCCCCGCGCCGCUCUCCGCCUGUGGCUGGGCUGCGUCUGCCUCGCGCUGGUGCAGGCGGACAGCCCCUCGGCCCCCGUGAAUGUCACUGUCAGGCACCUCAAGGCCAACUCCGCAGUGGUGAGCUGGGACGUCCUGGAGGAUGAGGUCGUCAUUGGAUUUGCCAUCUCUCAGCAGAAGAAGGACGUGCGGAUGCUACGCUUCAUUCAGGAAGUGAACACCACCACCCGCUCAUGCGCCCUCUGGGACCUGGAGGAGGACACGGAGUACAUUGUGCACGUGCAGGCCAUCUCCAUUCAGGGCCAGAGUCCGGCCAGCGAGCCCGUGCUCUUCAAGACCCCACGCGAGGCAGAGAAGAUGGCAUCCAAGAACAAAGAUGAGGUGACCAUGAAGGAGAUGGGGAGCAGCCAACAGCUGCGGACCGGCGAGGUGCUCAUCAUCGUUGUGGUCCUGUUCAUGUGGGCUGGCGUCAUUGCCCUCUUCUGCCGCCAGUAUGACAUUAUCAAGGACAAUGAACCCAAUAACAACAAGGAGAAAACCAAGAGCACGUCAGAAACCAGCACACCAGAGCACCAAGGGGGAGGUCUCCUCCGCAGCAAGACCGAGAGCCAUCGCAGAAGCCAUGGGGCAGGGUCAUGGCUGCCAGCAAGCUUUUUCUGGAUCCAGCCAUCACGGACUUGUUUGUGGUGUGAUGCACAACUCGGCGAGUGUGUGAGAUGUUCUGUUUUGUCUCUUUUGGAAAACAUGACUGAAGGGCUUCACUCCAGGGGGCAAAGGAAUGCUCCAAGCUGAUUGCCUACAGCCUCCAUCUUCUUUGGCCCUUAUUCGACUGUAAUAUCAUUAGUCUGGAGCCUUUAAGAAGACAAAGUGGGAAAGAGACCUGGGAGGUACUGGCCCCAUUUCUUUAGGAUGAGUCUCUUGGAGUUGGAACAAUGCUGGGUUAUGCAGCUGAAAAGGUAUGUCCACAUGGGACAUCCUGGGGGCUAGUGAGUCGCCUGCUCUGGAGUGGAAGGUGCUGGAAGGCAGGCCUGAGCCAUUACCGAGGAAAUCAGAGCAGCCCUGGCCUCUGGGGUCUCCAUAUCUUGCCAUCUCAUCCAGGGUUCUGGGAAAGGUACCCAGGGUCCUCAUGUCCUUCCCUAGAGCCUGAGUGGUGUGAGGUAUCAGGUCUCUCUCUCCACUGCCCCUUUCUGGUAAACAAAACAAAACAAAACAAAAUGGUGCUUGCUAAGGGAAGGCAGACUCUUCCCUCGGACUGACAAGUGAUGACUGCUGAAUGCCUGCAUGGGAAGAGCUGGACCUCUGUGUCUUCCGUUGGUGGCUAAGGACAGGCGUGUGGGAGGACUGCGCCUAGCACAAGCCUGGCACCCAGUAGGCGCUCAGUGAAUACCUGUUGAACUGAACGUUAAGAGCAGUGGCCCCCCAGCCAGAGAGCUGAGAGCCAUCACCCAAUGACCGCCCCUUCCUUCCGGUCUACAAGAGCUCUCCUGGCUAGGUCAGCCACCACUCUACUUGGCCCCGACGUGGCAGCACAGGGAGGGAGGAGAGACAGGAUAAAAGGCAGAUGUCAGCAAUACUAAGGGCUUCCUCAUGGAAGGGCAUGAGGCUCCACUCAUUGUCUUGUGACUUCCAUCCCUGCUGAAUGGGGCUGCAAGGCCAAGGCUCCUUAGUGGAGAGGUCCUUACCUCUGAUCCAGUUAGAGCAAUAACCUCUUUUUAAAUGUAAAAUAAAAGACAAAUGAAAAGGCA